AUGUCAUGCACGGUGUGAUUUAUACAUUUUUGUUGAGUUCAUCUACCAAUUAAAUAUCCUGGUUAGGCUAAUCUUAAUUGGAUGUAAACAGCACAACUCAUCUCUUCAUGAAUUUACAAAUCAUUAUGGCAUGCGUGAGAUCAGAGGGGCAUACUACAAAGCAAGAUCAGUGAGUUAGCUAUCCCAAAGGCCGACAGAUGGCGAUAUUGAGUUGUUUCAUUUUACCGUCGAAACACAUUGUAUUAGGGGUGUAACGAUUCGUUUUAACAACGAUUCGAUUUGUAUCACGAUUCGUGGUUGUCGAUACGAGUCAAGGACGAUAUUGGUUCAUUUAGAACGAUACGAUCCGAAACGAUUCAGUGACUUGAAAUCGAUUCAGUAACCUUUUAGCCAAAAAUUCAACCAGUGUGACUGAAAUAAAUACCUGGAUACUGGACAGUGCAGGUGAAGUUUCCUAGAUUCCUGUUUCUUGUAAGGACCGCAAUGGUGGCUUGAUAAUUUCUCGCUCGUCGGCUUCUCCUCUGUCGUCCGCCAUGCUAUGUUUUGUUGUCUUUGCGCCUUUGCGCUGCUGUUGGCGCGAUGACGUCACGGAUAGGCAGACUGAAUCGAGUAAUGUUUAAAGCCUUUAUCAUUAAAAGUGCUAAGAAAAAACAUCCAUAUAAAGUCUGACGUGCUUAAAUCCAAUGGGUUAUUUCCUAUUAUCGAUACAAUCGAUUUAUUACAUUUUAAAACGAUGUUAGAUCGAUAUAUGUUGUCCAAAAGGCCAACUCGCCGAGCACAGAUCGAUGUAGUUGGAUCAUAGGAAUAUAAAUCGAUACAUCGAUGUAGUAGAUGGAUCGUUACACCCCUACAUUGUAUGCAGCCGGCAAUACAUUCUUAUCCCUAGUGGACCGGUUCAUACCUAAAACAUUCUCCAUUCAGGUUGCAUAGGCUUCAAUUUCCUCCAUAUCUUUAUUUAAUGGGGAUAAGUAAAAAAUUAAAAUAAAUACUCCAUAAAAAAGGGGCAAAUAUGCAGACUUUUCUUAUGAAAUACCAUUUUCCAACACCAUGCAAAAGUGGUUAAAUGUUAAUCUCGGAUGGUGUGUAUUGCAUUCAGCCAAUCGGGUUGAAACUAUCAGACCAGGGGUUCUGUUUCUUUUACACCUGCUGGUUGUAGCUACAUAUGUUUGAGCAAAGAUUAUGGAUAUACUGACAAGAUACAUGUCUCUACGCCACAACAAUGGGAGUCGUUGUCCACAAAGCAGCACGGCGUGCUGUCUAGCUCCCGCCUAUCCUUUCUUUGGAUUGGUGGAUACAUCUCAUUACUGUAAUCCUUUUUUGAAUAUUCGAUGAAUGUGUUUGAAGUCAAACGCCUGUAUUCAGUGGAUAGAGAUGCUAUGCUACUAGCCUCAUGCCAUGAACAUGUUACUACCCUCAAAAUGGAGAUCUGAGAGCAGUAGGAAAGUAAUCUGAAAUGCGGUGGGAAAAAAGGAAGCGCAUGAGAAUGUUUCAACUUCAUCAAGUGACUCCGUUUUAAUAAUGAAGCCAGCUCAGAACUCCCUUGAUUCCUAACCUAACACCAAAGUUAGAGUACCCUCUUGUAUCCUGACUAUAAUUGCAUCUACUACUGCAUAAUAAAUGUAUAGACUUAGUCCAGCAAAAUUUUAAAAAAGUAUCCCCUUUACCUUUAGUUCUAAGUCAAUGAUUUUCAACCCGCUACACUCUCCCCCUCUUUAAAUAGUGGCUCCUGCCAUUACUCAGUAAGUCUGUAACUGAGCGGGUAUGUUUGGUGUUCUGUAUAGGUUUUGGUACUGGUAUUGAUAUUGGCAACACUGCUGACAUUGGAGUUUGGUAUAAGGCAUGGAUGUUAGGUCUCCACACCUGAUAGGUCGGCUGUCCAAGUGUGUCAUAGGUUAGCAUGCCCCUUGGUUUUUGGAUCUGUUGGGAUCUUCUGACAUCCAUCCCUUCCUCUACGCACUGCUGAUCUGAAUCAGUGAGGUCAUUCAUACAUGAGGAACCAUUGUGUUCAGUUUCGGGAGCGUCGUAUCUCCUUUCAACAUGAUCCUCUCCCUUUGGCAUUGACCCCAUCCUCAUUGUUUGGUUCUUCUAGGAUCUCUGAUUCCUGCUCCAUGUUCUCAUCCUGACUACUUUCUGUAUCCUGAAAACGGGGAUGAAAUGCAUAGGCCUGUUCUGUCAGUGAUUUUGUCUGAGGUCUUGGGUGUUCUGUGCUUGCAACUGGGUUAACUCCUGGAGACCAGAAGUCUUCCUCCUCAUCAGAGUUGCUGAAGUUUCAUCCCCAUCUCCUCCAUGUUCUGUGUUUGAUGUUAUUUUUCUAGCAGGCGGUUUCCUCUCUUCCAAGGUCUCAUGUUCCACAGGUAAGUCGUUCACUAACAUCAGCAUGUUGUGAUGGAGCACUCUGAUGCCCUUAGCACCAUUCUCCCUUUUUACCUUGUAGACUGGUCCUUCCCCAAUCUUCUCUACCCCCCUGUGUAUGGCUGCCUCCCAGUAGGCCCGCAACUUGCCCGGUCCUCCUCUCUCUGACAUAUUCUUCACCAAGACUCUGUCUCCAGGUUGGAGGGCCACUGCCUUUGCACCAUGGUCAUAGUGUCUUUUGCUUUUAGCCGAGGACUUUUGACUGUUUUCAGAUGCAACUCUGUAAGCUUCCUGCAUUUUGUUGACCCAGUUCUGAGCAUGGACUGGGUGUGACACCUGUUCAUCAGUCUGAUUGAGGCCAAACAACCGGUCAAUGGGCAGGCGGGGUGGCUGGCCAAAGAAAAGGAAGUGUGGUGAGAAGUCUGUUGCUUCGUGACGAGUGCAGUUGUAUGCAUGUACGAUAUGAGGCAAGUGGUCUUUCCAUUGAGAUUUAUUUUCUUCAGGAAGAGUGCAUCAGUAGCAGCGUACGAUUAAUCUGUUCUACUGGGUUUCCCUGAGGAUGAUCUAGCUUUGUGCGGGAGUGGCCGACCCCUGCCAGCUCCUGAAGGCUUCCAAAGAGUUUGUUUUCAAAUUCCCAGCCUUGAUCGUGGUGGCGCCUCUGAGGAUAUCUGAUUUUCUCUGCUGCUGUCUUUGCAGACUUGUUGCGGGUGGCGUAGGCCUGUGUAAACCUAGUGAAAUUAUCAACUAAUACUAAGAUGUCACGUGUCCUACUUAUAUCAGUACACUCGUAACAACUUAAGCAUUACGAAAUGUCUAUUCGAUCAAAUACACGUCACGUAGCAAAUAAGCCAUUAAUUGACCUCCAUACAAAAACUCAUUUCUUGGUGGGCGAAACGAAAAAAACACCACCUGCUGCAUGGAGACAGAUUUUCCGCUGAGUUGGGCCUCCCUCUUCCUCUCUGGUUUGUGUCUCGUCGGGGACAAUUUUAGCAUUUUAGCUAACCCUUUUCCUAACCUUAACCUAAUUCUCCUAUUCUGCCACGUUAAUUAUCCUAACCUGCUGCGUAAAUUCUCCUAACCUUCUACGAAAAGUCACUUCUGCUAGUCAAAACUGGUAGACCCGCCCUGAGAACAGUCUUGGUUUCCACUAAUGCGAUACAGCGCUGCUUUAGGUUAGGGGUGAAAAAACCGACUGCUGCAACCUGAUUGGCUGAACAAGAUAUACAACAUCCGGGAUUAGCAUUUAGCCACUCUAGCAUGGUGGUGGAAAAUUGUGUUUCAUAAGGAACACAUAUUUUACCAUUUUCUUUCCUGUCUUCUUGCCAUUAAAUAAAGUUAAGGAGGAAAUCGAAGCCUAUGCAGCCUGAAUUGAGAAUGUAUUGCCGGCUGCAUAUAAUGCGUUUGGAUGGUAAGAUAAAUUACUAAAUAUUGCCAUCUGCCAGCCUUUGGGCUAUAAGUUAGCCAGCUAACUUGCCUAAGUGUUCUGAAAAAACGUUUAAUUUUUUCGAAAGAUAAGCUUAAAAUGGGCAUGGUCUCAUUGACUCAACAACCAAAAACACAUCUAAGCUUUCUUAAUGAACCAGAAAAUCAAUAGUUAUUUCUGGUUGUUCAUCAAAGUUAGCUGGCUAACCCAUUGAUCCUGCUUUGUAGUAUACCCCUCUGCCAUUGUGUGAGAAGGAAAAUAGAUUCCACAUUAUCUAAUAGAAACUGCAUUUACUGUUUAAGAGAAACCACACUCCUUACCCUUUCUCUGGUACCCCACCUAGGGCAAGUUCAGUCAUGCAGCAAUUCUUAGAGAAUGCGGUUUAGCUGUGGUUGUUUUGAAGGUGCAAUUAGGUUUAAUUUAUCUUGGUAGGUUUGGUUCUUGAUGAUCCCUGUUUGGAUUCUACUGGGGUGACACUACAAGUUCAAAGGUACCCUGGAAUGACAACCUGACCAUCCUUCAUGACUGUUAAAAUUCUAAUUAUAGCUGGUAAACAAUACUGAAACCAAAGCUUCUAACUGGGUGCAAGUCUCCUAAACCAUAAUUAUGGACAGUCUGCCGAUGCUUUCUUCCUUAGUCUCAGGAAAUGCAGGCUUUCCUGUAUAACACACAUACAAAUAAAGCAAGUGGGUCAGUGUUAAAUUGACAGUUUUCAGUGUAGGAUGAGUCCUGGCUGUGAGAGUACACUACAUACAUUAGAUUUAGGUCAAACCAAACAAAAGGUGUAAUUUGCGGAGCCUGAAUGACGACUGUCUCUGGUCAAAUUUAUUCCUUAGCCUCCUCCUAGCUGGCUCUGCUGAAAUGCAGCACAGAAUUAUUAUUAUCAUGAGCAGCACUGUGGAAUUUCACCAUGUCUCCCUUCUCUAAAUGCUUUCAGCUUUCAACUUAAUGUGCAAUGUGUCCAAGAACUUUGCUUCCAGCAAACAGAGUACAGUAACUAAAUUGGAAAGGAAUCUGCCGGGAACAGGAGUCUGAAUAUAUUUAGGCAAGAUUUCACAUAGGGACUUAGGCCUCUCCAUACAGUUUGGAUGGUGCAUACAAUGAGGGGCUGUGCAAGAUCAUGAAUAUGAGUAUUGCAUGCCAAACUGGGGGGUUGUGGUGGCUCACUGACUGACUGACUGACAGACUGACAGACACCCCUCUGGCUGCUAAAAGCUCCAGCGCCUUGUUCCUGCCGUUGCCUUCAUUUCUCCUCCGGGUUUUAUUUUUGGCUACUGACCUUGACAGGAGCCUAUCCUCUCCAGCUUCCUCCGGCCAAACACAUCCCGUCUGCCUUCCACUACAUCAGGAGUGUGCUGUUGAAAGAUAAUAGUGUCAUCAUUCUCUCUAGAUUGUACUUUCUCUUCGGCAGGUUUUUCUUUGCUUUCUCUUCGGAGUGUUUUAACUUGUUUUGAAGUGUUGAUGGAUGAAUAAUAACUUUUGUGUCCUUUGAUUUGCAGGUCUUUCUUUAAGAGGAAAGGAGGGAGAAGAGCAGUCACCAACUCUGUUUAAAGGAAGAGUGGUUUAAAACUAAAAAGAAAAGGAUAGAACACAGACCCCUGUAAAACUCAUUGCCUUCCAUAGGCUACUGUGGCUAAACCAGUCGCAGGACAGACUCACUGUGUUUGAGUGUCUGUCUGUACCGGGAGGGCCCUCAUGCCUCCACCAACCAUGCAGUGAGGGUGAGCUGGCAGUGUGCCCCCUCUCACCAUGCUGGCUCUGGGCCUAGAAGAGGGGAGAGGUGGACAGGGCCAGGCUACUGUGGCCUGGCAGGCACCCUCCUCAGGGAGGCCUCUAACCCAGGACCCAGGGAGGCCUCUAACCCAGGGCCCAGGGAGGCCUCUAACCCAGGACCCAGGGAGGCCUCUAACCCAGGACCCAGGGAGGCCUCUAACCCAGGACCCAGGGAGGCCUCUAACCCAGGACCCAGGGAGGCCUCUAACCCAGGACCCAGGGAGGCCUCUAACCCAGGACCCAGGGAGGCCUCUAACCCAGGACCCAGGGAGGCCUCUAACCCAGGACCCAGGGAGGCCUCUAACCCACAAACCAGGCCUCAACAUCAAGCAGAAGAUCUCUCAGUGGGAAGGCCUCUGUCAACCAGACAGCGGUGGGAAGGCUGAUAGGGUCAAAGUGCUUGCACCAGUUGCAUCCCGAUCUCUUUCGGAGGAUGUCCAGGGUAACGGAGUAUGUAGUGACAGUAGGAUAGGCGGACCUCACGGCAAAGCCAACCUCUCUAAAGCCAAAAGCCUGGGUUUAGAUUUCAGGGAAAACCUACAAGCACGGGGCAUACACACAGGCGUCAGCAGAAAGUCGGAUCCCCCUCAGAAUCACUCCUGUUUCAGUAAGACUUCAACUGCAAUAUCAGAGUCCAAGCCAUUUACAGCACCUUCGCAAACUCUUACAACAUACACUACAAACAUCUUCCAAGUAGAAAGGAUCAUCACCACCAAUGGCGAACUGAAGGUGGGUGGUGUGUUGGAAGUUAAGUUGACCAAACCCCUACCUCUGUCAGUGGAUGACCAUGGUGAGAGCCUGCCCCCAGGGAAUUUCUACACCUCAAGGGGCUUCUGGCGGAGGCUGGAGGGAAAUGAGUUGUUCUGGGAGAAGGGAAAAAAUACCUCAGCAGAGCCUCAGAGUGCUGUUGGUCCAGUGCCUCACCCGCCACUGAAACCACAACGGACGUUUCAGUAUCAAGGAGCAGACAGCACCCCAGCACAAUGGGUCCAAUGGGAUAGCAGGACUCCAUCUGCCAACCAAUCCAACACCAAGAGCAAUGGCAUAACCCACCCACCUAGCUUCCCACCACCCCUGUGUCCUGUCAGCCGUGGCAAUGGGUUUUCCAGACACAAAAAUAGCAGGUAAGAUCAUGAUACUGACACCACUAGGCUAAAUCUAAAAGGUCAGUGGGUGUGAGUUAUGCCAGAGUAGAAUAGAGAAGGUCUUUAAUUUGCCAUUUUAAACAUAGAAAAGUGUUGGCAUUUUCCUUUCGUAAUGGCUUUAGUCAAAGGAAACCUGGUUGUUUGAAAUACAAAACAAGUUAACAAUUACUUGGGGUGAAAGUAUUUCUCUGUCGUAAGCUAUUGUGCUCUCUCAUACAGUGUCCUUAGUUCUAAAUGUAGCAUUGUUUUAUAUUAAGUCUGAAAGAAGGAGAAUGAGAGUGUUUUAGAGGCACAGUUUGCAUGAGAGAAGGGUCAGAGUCUAGCAUUUGGGCGGCCUCCAGGUCUGAUGUCACAUGAUCUUUGGCAGCAUUGCAGACUAUUGUCUGGAUAUGGCCUACUUCCACAGCAGCCAACGGUCCAGGGGUCACAUUUCGUUGUUUUAACACACGCAAACAAAACACACACAACAUAACACAACACACACUGGCCUUGAUUGUUGUAUUCCACUAACGUAGUCUCUUUAUGAGGGCAAUUCCAUACGAGCACACAGUAAGGUUUCAAAUGACACCAAUAUUGGCUUUGUAACAUCUACAGACUCAUUGUUGUAGUGUCUUUAACAAAGGCCUGGGUAAGGCCUAAAUGCCACAAAUUUCCCAACUUUAAUCAGUUAUUCUCAAUCAGUCUAUUAGGUCUACUCUUGUAUCUCUUUCCUGCUCUCUCUUGCUCACACUCUCCAUAUUGACCUUAGCUAUUAUCCACGUGUUCAAUAUAUUUUUCUCUAAGCUCUCCUUGCUUCUAUUUUACACACUUUUUCUCAGCUUUACUUCCUCCCGGACUCGCCUUCCUACGGUCUUUAUCAUCUUCACUAUCAACUUGCGAAAACCCUUCCAAUGCCGAGACCCUUUGGCUGAACAUAAGAGGACAAUACCAUGCUGACUGGCCCCAUCUCAUGUCCCCUCUCCCUCCCUCUUCACAGGAAGUCAUUUGAGUUUGAGGAUGUGGUGCGGUUGACAGAGCAGCAGGGAAGUGAGGCCAAGCGCUCUGGCCUAUACCACGCCUUCUCUGACGACAACAUUUAUGAGGACAUUAUCUGUGAGUUCCUCCCUCGACACAAACCGAAAAAAGACACUUCACCAGGGUUUUUUCUGCAUAGAAAAGUUUAGGGUUUUUUAGCAUAUUUUCUUCUGGGAUAAAAAAAAGCUUAAAUGACUAAAACCAGAUAUAUUAUAUGUAGAAAAGAUAAUGGUUCUAUACAUUUUUAAAUAGGAUCAUCUUUGAGAACUAACAAUCACCAAAAUAGAAGCUAUAAAGUACUCCUGUAGCUCAGUUGGUAGAGCAUGGCGCUUGCAACGCCAGGGUUGUGGGUUCGAUUCCCACGGGGGGCCAGUAUGAAAAAUGUAUGCACUCACAAAAAAAACGAAAUUCUACAAAUUUUGCCAUGAGGCGGAGAGAACAUUUAGUAGUUAUACAGCAAAAAAGAGCGUCUGCUAAAUUUUAAAAAUGAUGCAUUCAGGAGUAUUUUUGUCAUGACGUGGGGUCCCCAUUGAUUUUGUUAUAAUGUUUGAGUCAGUCAGAUAGCAUAAGAACACAGCAUAAGCCAUGGCAAAAUUUGUAGAAUUGCAGGAAAUUAUCUUAGACAGCAAAAUGUUGUCUUCGCGGCCAAGAGGAGGGCCUUUAACAUUUUCGGUCAGUGGGCAUGGCCAAUGGCGUGCCCCACCCACCACCUAAGCUCCCAUUUUGAUCCAGAAAAACCCUGACUUCACUUAGGCAGCCUUAAGGCGUCCGCAUGCUUCCCAGCUGAAACAGUUUGGUAGUUCGUGCAUAUACAGUGGGGAAAAAAAGUAUUUAGUCAGCCACCAAUUGUGCAAGUUCUCCCACUUAAAAAGAUGAGAGAGGCCUGUAAUUUUCAUCAUAGGUACACGUCAACUAUGACAGACAAAAUGAGAAAAAAAAUCCAGAAAAUCACAUUGUAGGAUUUUUUAUGAAUUAAUUUGCAAAUUAUGGUGGAAAAUAAGUAUUUGGUCAAUAACAAAAGUUUCUCAAUACUUUGUUAUAUACCCUUUGUUGGCAAUGACACAGGUCAAACGUUUUCUGUAAGUCUUCACAAGGUUUUCAACACACUGUUGAUGGUAUUUUGGCCCAUUCCUCCAUGCAGAUCUCCUCUAUAGCAGUGAUGUUUUGGGGCUGUCGCUGGGCAACACGGACUUUCAACUCCCUCCAAAGAUUUUCUAUGGGGUUGAGAUCUGGAGACUGGCUAGGUCACUCCAGGACCUUGAAAUGCUUCUUACGAAGCCACUCCUUCGUUGCCCAGGCGGUGUGUUUGGGAUCAUUGUCAUGCUGAAAGACCCAGCCACGUUUCAUCUUCAAUGCCCUUGCUGAUGGAAGGAGGUUUUCACUCAAAAUCUCACGAUACAUGGCCCCAUUCAUUCUUUCCUUUACACGGAUCAGUCGUCCUGGUCCCUUUGCAGAAAAACAGCCCCAAAGCAUGAUGUUUCCACCCCCAUGCUUCACAGUAGGUAUGGUGUUCUUUGGAUGCAACUCAGCAUUCUUUGUCCUCCAAACACGACGAGUUGAGUUUUUACCAAAAAGUUAUAUUUUGGUUUCAUCUGACCAUAUGACAUUCUCCCAAUCCUCUUCUGGAUCAUCCAAAUGCACUCUAGCAAACUUCAGACGGGCCUGGACAUGUACUGGCUUAAGCAGGGGGACACGUCUCGCACUGCAGGAUUUGAGUCCCUGGCGGCGUAGUGUGUUACUGAUGGUCGGCUUUGUUACUUGGGUCCCAGCUCUCUGCAGGUCAUUCACUAGGUCCCCCGUGUGGUUCUGGGAUUUUUGCUCACCGUUCUUGUGAUCAUUUUGACCCCACAGUGUGAGAUCUUGCGUGGAGCCCCAGAUCGAGGGAGAUUAUCAGUGGUCUUGUAUGUCUUCCAUUUCCUAAUAAUUGCUCCCACAGUUGAUUUUCUUCAAACCAAGCUGCUUACCUAUUGCAGAUUCAGUCUUCCCAGCCUGGUGCAGGUCUACAAUUUUGUUUCUGGGGUCCUUUGACAGCUCUUUGGUCUUGGCCAUAGUGGAGUUUGGAGUGUGACUGUUUGAGGUUGUGGACAGGUGUCUUUUAUACUGAUAACAAGUUCAAACAGGUGCCAUUAAUACAGGUAACGAGUGGAGGACAGAGGAGCCUCUUAAAGAAGAAGUUACAGGUCUGUGAGAGCCAGAAAUCUUGCUUGUUUGUAGGUGACCAAAUACUUAUUUUCCACCAUAAUUUGCAAAUAAAUUCAUUAAAAAUCCUACAAUGUGAUUUUCUGGAUUUUUUUCUUCUAAAUUUGUCUGUCAUAGUUGACGUGUACAUAUGAUGAAAAUUACAGGCCUCUCUCAUCUUUUUAAGUGGGAGAACUUGUACAAUUGGUGGCUGACUAAAUACUUUUUUUCCCCACUGUAUUAUGACGACAUUUUGUGAAAUGUUUGUUUGUUUUGGACUUUGGCUGUUCACAAAAAACAAAUCUGGAGGCAAGUCGAAGUUCGGAGCUGAAGUCUACGACCUUUCGUCAGUCAUUGGUCAACAUUAGGGAUUCUUCAAUAAAGUCUUUGUUGUCAUUCAACGAGAGACGAGAGCAUGGAGAGGUCAGCGAUAGCCAGACUUGUAAAAUGGGCUAAGGAACAGAAGUUGUGUUUUGGAGAAAUGCCAUCAGUGCAUGCUCUGUAAGCAAUGCAGUGGAUGAAGGCGGGGCAAGAGUGUGGUGAACGGAUAGAUGUGAUUAUAGACAGCGAGGAAGCAGGAGAAGAGCCGAGUGUAGUGGGAAGAUGGAUGUUGAGGAAGAAUGGCGUCAGACAUGAUAAAGAAGAAUCUGGACCAGUAGGAGUGACAUUUUGGGAGAAAGUGGACCCUUGCCUUUUGGCAGAUCCAUUUGUGGUUUCAGGGUGGGUGAGAAAGGAGUUGGGUGUAGUUGAAUUAGUGAAGGUAACCGGUAGUGGACUUGUGAUAUUUGUUUGUGUUACUUCUGACCAGAGGGAGAAGGCGCUUCGUGUCACGCAACUUGGGUCAAGAUCUGUUUCUUGCUUUGCUCUUAGGAAUAGGGCACGAUUGAAAGGAGUGAUUUCUGUGGUAGCAUUAAGUGUGAAGUUGGAGCAAUUGAAGUUGAAAAUUCCUGGUGUUUGUGAUGCCCGCUGUUUGGUGCAACAGAGGAGUCAUUGUCAGUCCUUUUGAGUCUACGAGACAAAGUAAUGUUAGGAUAUAUCAGUUAUCCUGUUAGCGCAAUGGUCCAGAAUCCACUGCGCUGUUUCAGGUGCAACAUUUGUGGUCAUGUUGCAGCAGUGUGUAGGAGGAAGAUUCCAAGAUGUGGGAAGUGUGCAGGAGGGCAAGGGACAGAGGAUUGUGUAGUUUUGGUGGAUAAAGUUGUGUGUGUCAAUUGUAGGGGUGCUCAUGUUGCUGGGGAUCGGAAGUGUCUGGUGCGAGAGAGGCAGAUUGUAGUGGUCAGAGUAGUGCAGAGGGUGUCAUAUGCUGAGGCAGUGAAGAAAAUGGAGGAGGAUGGGUCAAGGGUGAGGGAUCCUGAGAGGAUCCCAGUGAGCAGUAGAUUUGUGCCAGUACAGAGGGAUGGAGUAACGAGUGAGUUAUGCUUCAGUAAGGUUGGCAUCUUAGCGUUCAUAGCAAUGGUUAUCAACUGUACCACAGAAAUGGAAAGUAAAUCACAGAAAAUAGAUGUUGUGGUGGAAGCUGCAGAGAAGUAUUUGGGUAUACAAGAUUAUACUUCAGAAGAGUUACAGGGUGUGUUGAGGGGUGGUGUCCUGUCCUCCCAGGCUGUUGGCAUGAGCAGGAGCAGAUAGGGUCAAAGUAGUAGAAUGGGGUAGUGGGUUUUUAAUGAGUGUAGGUGGCAACUGCAGAGAAGUACCUGGGUGUAUGAGAUUUUACUGCAGAAGAGUUAAUGGGGUGGUGAUUUAUAUUUUUAUGAAAUAGUGGUAUAUAGGUGUAGGGUUAGUUGGUGGUGCAAUUUAUUUAUAUAUUUUUCCUUUUAGGAACAGGAAUAAUUAAAUGUAUGUAGGUAGGCCAUGACUGGCCUCACACGUUAGUACAGUAGUUGGCGGUAUCGUGACGUGACUUUCAUUAUUGUGAUGACUAUUAUUUAUCGAAUAAUUACCUACUAUGUUUAACUGUUACUAGAUUAAAUUAAUCAUGUAACAAUUAACUCAUUAGGAACUUGGGGCACCACGGGAAAAGUUGUUUAACAUGUUACCGUUUCCCGAAUUAACUAAAGAUAUCUCGUCAUUUAACAUUUAUUAAUAAUUUACCUCAUAUCAGUCUCAUUCUGAAAGUCGUAGACUCGAAGUCUUCACGAACCCGGGUCUUACUGAUCAUUCCGUACCACACAAAUUGAUUUAAUUAUUUAUUUACUAACUAAUUAAAAUGAUAACACAAGAUACAAACACGUACACAGUAUAGGUAGGGAUUAGAAACGUAAUACAAUGAAAACGGGUCCCUAGCGGACUAACACAAUAUGACACUUAUUACAAAAGAUGGCAAGUUAAAGAGAGAGAGAGAAAACACUUGGAUACACAUGGACCUACACUCACAGUAAUCUUAAUACCUUGCCCCGAACUGCCACCCGUUUGGUAAGAAGUAAUGCAUGUAUUUACGUGUUGGAGGUAUUCGUCGUGUAUCUCUGUUGGACCCAGGCCUUCGUGGGAGGGGGUCGAUUGGACCAUCUCUUUCGGAUGGCCUUCUAGAUGUAAGGCUCAGAUUGUCCACAAGAGGUCACAAUGUCCUUCUUCUUAGAUGUCUGUUUACUUUCACUCGUUCUGGAAGUGGUCUUCUGAGUACAGCUAAUCAGCCGUGUUGAUGAUCCCAUGUGGGGUGAUGAGAGCAGUGUAGUAGACGAUGGUUUGAAGAGAGUAACAGGAUGGUCCCACUUAAAUUCACCUUCUUAGAUACAGUACUUAGAACAGCUACUCAGCCGUAACAUUGAUUGUUAGUGGAGGCAACUUUGUCGUCUUCACCUCGUGUUGAUUUUCAGGGUCGGGACCAAUAUGGACCUCGCUGCAGCAUGAGGACCGUCUGAUCUGAUCAUUCUUAACUCAAUCUUUUAUGCACUCUGGUAAAGAGGGGCGUUUCCGUCAUACUGACACGCUCUCUGAGCUCCCUCAGGCAUGGCUAGUUACGAGGCAAAAGUAUUAUCAUCACUAUGAUCUUGUUAGAAAGCUAAAAUCACAUUCCUAUCUUCACGAAAACAUUGUCUUCCUCCUUGAUAUUUUCUACACAAGGUAAAGGAUGUAACCCUGAUAUCCACAGUGUAAAAGCUCUUCAAGUCACAGUGUUUUCGUUAUAAUGCCUUUAUUCAAUUUUUAAUGACAUCACAAAAUAGGCAUUAAUUUUCCAUAUUCCAUUUCUCAUCAUUCCCAACAUUUGGAUGUUGAAAUAUAUUGUCCCAAUGUUCAUUGUUGAAUGUUGAAGUUUUUGGGCGGCAAAAAGUAUCUGAAACAAAGGCAUUCCUUUCACCAUACUAGAGGGUCAGAGAGAGAUUCUCCUCCUCUCUAAUUUAUGUCAGUGUUAAGGUGUCAAGACCGGCACAGCCCCCCCCCCCCCCCCCCCCCCCCCCCCCCCCCCCCCCGUGGGUAAGAGGGUCUGGUUGUUGUCGGCCAUUUGCCAAGCUGAUGUGAGGCCUUUGAUCCUCACCCAGGGAGAGUCAUGACAGCGGUGUAUGCACCUUUUAACUUGGAUGCGAUCUGCCAACCCAGUCCCAAAGAAGAAGAACAAGAGACUACUCGUUUUCGUGCAAAUGUUUUCAUUGAAAAAUACUGCACCAAACAUCAGUCGCGGAAUUUUACAUCUAAGAUCUCUUCGGCAAAAACGUCAAAAUUAAUGACCGAUUUCUUGAGUUAUCUUAGAUUAAUUCUGACUGGCGUCUCAAAAUGGACAAACAGUACUAUUGCCACUUAUUUCUAUUUUUUUCAAGCGAAGGUCUUUUUAAGGGCGUAUUCGAGCACACUCGUUCGGCUAGGCGCCAGCCAAACUGAAGCAUGCUGACGCCUUUAGUCGCCUUACAAUCUCAGGAACCAUCAUAUAGGAGCCUUUCUUUUCUUAUUUCCCCAUUCGUAACAACUGAUAAAGAAAAGUGUGGGAUAUAGAUUGUCUCCACACUGUCACCUGUCAAGUCUCUUUCUGAUCAGUGGUGGAUGUGAGGAAAAAGAAAAGCAGCCAUUUAAGACCUUUUUGACUUAGUCAUGGACUAUUAGCAAAUAUCUACUGUAUGUAUACUGUGUAUGUCAUCUGUCUCCAUCACCUUUGACCCUGGCCAGCUGGACCCCUGACCAGAGACAACCCAUAUGAGGAUGUCAAGCAGUCUCCUACUAUGUGUCUCCCCAUCGGGCGUCCCCGACCCUGGACCAUGGCACAGAGACCGAACCCUCGCACCCCAAAGGUAGUAAUGGCAGCUGUUACAGGAGAUGUGAAACAGUUGGUAUGAUAUUUAAAAAAAAACAUGCUUUAAUCUUUCAUUAACACCUUGUCUCCUCUGUCGCAGCUCCCUCCCAAGCCUCUCACGUUGCGGGUGGAGAGGAAGGAGUCACCUACAGAAGCGCCCCCUAGACCUGCCUUACCCAAGCGACCCACAACCACCCAUAAAACACACAGACUGCCUCAGGUAAACGCACACAAGCAUUUCAUAAAGUUGAAACUUUACUGAUGGCCCUAUCCAAUCUAAACCAAACUGGUGCCCAUUACAAAACAACCUUUGUCAGUGCAACAAGGAAGUGUGCUUGAAUCACAUUUAUUUGAUUGGACACCAUUUUUGGACUAGUUUAAGUGGCCAGACAUAGCCAGAAAUGUCAACAUCAAUGUGAUGAUAUAUCACAUGAAUGUGAUUUAUUUGUAUCUGAUAAAUAUACCUGUGUGUGCGCGUGCGUGGUUUCCGUGACGCAGUAUGUCAACAGGAUUCAUGUGAUCUUUGACACCAAGCGAGGGAAGAAGAGAGUGAAGAGCCAGGGAGGUUCAGCUCGAGGUAUGACAAUUAUUACCCUUCAACUUGUCUACAAGAUGUAGAUAAAGUGCAUUCUGUAAAGACCCAGCGUUUUGAGAUACGUUACAUCACUGGUACAAAUACAGUACAAAGACUGUCUGUCUCCUAUAAUGUCUCUUUCUUUCAUCCCUUUAUUACACUCACUCACUGACACACACACACACACACACACACACACACAACAGAGGAGACCAGUGGAACUGAGAGUGACCCAGAGGACAACACUAAAGGUACUACUAUAGCAUUGACCUGUGAAAUUCCACUCCCAAAUAAAUGUUUGGCAGACGUUUUUUGAAUGUUGAGAUCAGUCAAUGUCCCACGCCGUCUACAGUUGUGUAGAUCCAUUCAUUUUCCAUUCACAUUUGUUCACAUUCCAUUGUCAUUUAAUCAAAGCGAGAUAUAUGAUCCUGUUCCCAACCAGAUUCACUCAUUAGGUAUUUUGAAAAAUUGUCACUGUCUCCACCAGGAGGGUCCAGGCGCUCAGUCUAUGUCCAGUCCACGCUAAAGCGGAGGCCAGGCUACCGCACCCUGGAGAAGGACCUGAUCCAGCUCCAGCAACAGCAGCUCUUCCAGUUCUUUGUGGUGGUGUCACUCAGAAAGAGUUUCUCAGGAAACACCUACUCCCCUGAGAUCACGCAACAGUUUCCCAACAAGGUUAUUGUCAAUUGAAACCAAUUGAAGCCAACCUCUUUCAGGUGGGGGGGGGCAACAGAGCUAGGUGGAUAGACCCACUUACACAAUUUGUAUAGGGGAAACACUGCUUGAUUUACCAUGGAUGGGCUCAGCUCGAAGGAAACCCCAGAAUUUUUAUUUUUUUAGUUGCCAUUGUACUAUUGUCUCUUGUUUCUGUUUUGCUGGCCAGGGGGUAAAUUUAGUCGCUCUAUAUCUUUAUCCUUUCUUAACGGCUAUAGUUUGAGAAGUCUUCUUGUCACUCCCGUGAAGCAGAAGACCGGCUGAAGGCCAUUCCCAAGUUCUGCUUCCCAGACUCUCAGGACUGGCGGCCUUCUGGAGACCUGCACAGGUAAGCUGCUGUCACAUUCACAUUAUGGUCACAGUAUGUAGCAGUGGUGUUACAAUAAGGCUAUUCAUGUAAUAUAAAUAUUAAUAUAACCACUUAAUAUGAGCAUUGAAACAGGUAAAACAUUUCAAAAGUAGCUACGUUUUUGUAAUUAUCACUGUGCUAAAAUUAAGUUAAUGUAUGAUGAUAUAAGAAUUAAGUCCAAGAUAUGGCAAAUGAAAGGGAGAUUUAUCUAGUGAUUCAGACAAAGAAGAACAUGAUUGCAGUUCAUAUGACAUGCUUAUUUUUUUCCCCGCAGGGAGACUGCACUAGAACACUGCUGAACUCUACCACAUUGUGUAUCCCUGUCCUAUUGUCUAUCCUUCUAUCUGUCUUUGUAGUGAAACCUUCUCUUUUGUCUUGACGGGAGAGGAUGGCAGCCGGUGGUUUUGUUACUGUCGUAAGAUCCUGGUGAGUGUGUGUGUAUGAGUCAUUACGUUGUGUGUGUGUGUGUGAGGACUUGGCAGUAAAGUGCUUACUCAACAUUUCUAAGGGAUAUACUCCAUCUGAGUCAGAGGCUGUAAAACCUCUAAAUCAAUGACCCAAACUAAACAGAAUUUCCCAUUUGUCCACAUGUUAAAUCCAUGCCUGUACAUUUAAUGUUAGAUUUGUGUGUUUUAAAUGCAUUGCAGUAUUGUUUAAUAUGACUAUUUUAUGGUCUGGACUGAGUUUCUGUUACCCCUGGAAUGCCAGUGUUGAUAUAGCAUUGCAAUAACAUUGUUGAUACUGAAUGCUAGAGUUGGUUUUCAUGCCUAUUUCUGUGUUGAUUUGUGCCCUUUAGCCAAGCGGAAAGGGGAAAAGACUGCCUGAAGUUCACUGUAUUGUAAGCAGGCUGGGCUGCUUCAACCUGUUUGCUAAGGUAACCAGCAGUCUGAUUAAACUCUUCAUAAAAUUAAGCAAUGAGGCCUGAGGAGGUGUGGUACAGUGGGGGAAAAAGUAUUUAGUCAGCCACCAAUUGUGCAAGUUCUCCCACUUAAAAAGAUGAGAGAGGCCUGUAAUUUUCAUCAUAGGUACACGUCAACUAUGACAGACAAAAUGAGAAAGAAAAUUCCAGAAAAUCACAUUGUAGGAUUUUUAAUGAAUUUAUUUGCAAAUUAUGGUGGAAAAUAAGUAUUUGGUCAAUAACAAAAGUUUCUCAAUACUUUGUUAUAUACCCUUUGUUGGCAAUGACACAGGUCAAACGUUUUCUGUAAGUCUUCACAAGGUUUUCACACAUUGUUGCUGGUAUUUUGGCCCAUUCCUCCAUGCAGAUCUCCUCUAGAGCAGUGAUGUUUUGGGGCUGUCGCUGGGCAACACGGACUUUCAACUCCCUCCAAAGAUUUUCUAUGGGGUUGAGAUCUGGAGACUGGCUAGGCCACUCCAGGACCUUGAAAUGCUUCUUACGAAGCCACUCCUUCGUUGCCCGGGCGGUGUGUUUGGGAUCAUUGUCAUGCUGAAAGACCCAGCCACGUUUCAUCUUCAAUGCCCUUGCUGAUGGAAGGAGGUUUUCACUCAAAAUCUCACGAUACAUGGCCCCAUUCAUUCUUUCCUUUACACGGAUCAGUCGUCCUGGUCCCUUUGCAGAAAAACAGCCCCAAAGCAUGAUGUUUCCACCCUCAUGCUUCACAGUAGGUAUGGUAUUCUUUGGAUGCAACUCAGCAUUCUUUGUCCUCCAAACACGACGAGUUGAGUUUUUACCAAAAAGUUCUAUUUUGGUUUCAUCUGACCAUAUGACAUUCUCCCAAUCCUCUUCUGGAUCAUCCAAAUGCACUCUAGCAAACUUCAGACGGGCCUGGACAUGUACUGGCUUAAGCAGGGGGACACGUCUGGCACUGCAGGAUUUGAGUCCCUGGCGGCGUAGUGUGUUACUGAUGGUAGGCUUUGUUACUUUGGUCCCAGCUCUCUGCAGGUCAUUCACUAGGUCCCCCCGUGUGGUUCUGGGAUUUUUGCUCACCGUUCUUGUGAUCAUUUUGACCCCACGGGGUGAGAUCUUGUGUGGAGCCCCAGAUCGAGGGAGAUUAUCAGUGGUCUUGUAUGUCUUCCAUUUCCUAAUAAUUGCUCCCACAGUUGAUUUCUUCAAACCAAGCUGCUUACCUACUGCAGAUUCAGUCUUCCCAGCCUGGUGCAGGUCUACAAUUUUGUUUCUGGUGUCCUUUGACAGCUCUUUGGUCUUGGCCAUAGUGGAGUUUGGAGUGUGACUGUUUGAGGUUGUGGACAGGUGUCUUUUAUACUGAUAACAAGUUCAAACAGGUGCCAUUAAUACAGGUAACGAGUGGAGGACAGAGGAGCCUCUUAAAGAAGAAGUUACAGGUCAGGUGAGAGCCAGAAAUCUUGCUUGUUUGUAGGUGACCAAAUACUUAUUUUCCACCAUAAUUUGCAAAUAAAUUCAUAAAAAAUCCUACAAUGUGAUUUUCUGGAAUUUUUUUCUUCUCAAUUUGUCUGUCAUAGUUGACGUGUACCUAUGAUGAAAAUUAUAGGCCUCUCUCAUCUUUUUAAGUGGGAGAACUUGCACAAUAGGUGGCUGACUAAAUACUUUUUUCCCCCACUGUAUAUGGCUGUUCUUAUGCACGGCGCGACGCUGAGUGCCUGGAUACAGCCAUUAGCCUUGGUAUAUUGGCCAUAUACAGUGCAUUCGUAAAGUAUUCAGACCCCUUCCCCUUUUCCACAUUUUGUUACGUUACAGCCUUAUUGUAAAACAAUUCCUCAUAAUUAUACGCACAAUACCUCAUAAUGACAAAGCAAAAACAGGUUCUUUAGACAUUUUUGCAAAUGUAUAAAAAAUACAAAAACUGAAAUACCUUAUUUACAUAAGUAUUCAGACCCUUUGCUAUGAGACUCGAAAUUGAGCUCAGGUGCAUCCUGUUUCCAUUGAUCAUCCUUGAGGUGUUUCUACAACUUGAUUGUAGUCCACCUGUGGUAAAUUCAAUUGAUUGGACAUGAUUUGGAAAGGCACACACCUGUCUAUAUAAGGUCCCACAGUUGACAGUGCAUGUCGGAGCAAAAACCAAGCCAUGAGGUCGAAGGAAUUGUCCAUAGAACUCUGAGACAGGAUUGUGUCAAGGCACAGACCUUGGAAAGGGUACCAAAAAAAUUCUGCAGCAUUGAAGGUCCCCAAGAACACAGUGGCCUCCACCACUAAGACUCUUCCUAGAGCUGGCUGCCCAGCCAAACUGAGAAAUCGGGGGAGAAGGGCCUUGGUCAGGGAGGUGACCAAGAACCCGAUGGUCACUCUGACAGAGCUACAGAGUUCCUCUGUGGAGAUGGGAGAACCUUCCAGAAGGACAACCAUCUUUGCAGCACUCCACCAAUCAGGCCUUUAUGGUAAAGUGGCCAGAUGGAAGCCACUCCUCAGUAAAAGGCACAUGACAUCCCGCUUGGAGUAUGCUAAAAGGCACCUAAAGGACUCUCAGACCAUGAGAAACAAGAUUCUCUGGUCUGAUGAAACCAAGAUUGAACUCUUUGGCCUCAAUGCCAAGAGUUUCGCCUGGAGGAAACCUGGCACCAUCCCUACAGUGAAGCAUGGUGUUGGCAGCAUCAUGCUGUGGGGAGGUUUUUCAGCGGCAGGGACUGGGAGAUUAGUCAGGAUCAAGGGAAAGAUUAAUGGAGCAAAGUACAGAGAGAUCCUUGAUGGAAACCUGCUCCAGAGCGCUCAGGACCUCAGACUGGGGUGAAGGUUCACCUUCCAACAGGACAACGACCCUGAGCACACAGCCACGACAACACAUGACUGGCUUCGGGACAAGUCUCUGAAUGUCCUUGAGUGGCCCAGCCAGAGCCCGGACUUGAACCCAAUCAAAUAUCUCUGGAGAGACCCCAUCCAACUUGACAUAGCUUGAGAUGAUCUGCAAAUAAGAAUGGGAGAAUCUCCCCAAAUACAGGUGUGCCAAGCUUGUAGUGUCAUACCCAAGAAGACUCGAGGCUGUAAUCGCUGCCAAAGGUGCUUCAACAAAGUACUGAGUAAAGGGUCUGAAUACUUAUCUAAAUGUGAUAUUUCCGAUAAAAAAUAAAAAUAAAAAUACUGUUUUUACUUUGUCAUUAUGGGGUAUUGUGUGUAGAUUGAUGAGGGGGGAAAAAACAAUUUAAUCAAUUUUAGAAUAAGUCUGUAACGUAACAAAAUGUGAAAAAGGUCAAGGGGUCUGAAUACUUUCCAAAUGCACUGUAGCACAAACCCCUGAGGUUCCUUAUUGCUAUUAUAAACUGGUUACCAACGUAAUUAAAACCAAUAUAAAGUUAUUUUUUUGUCAUACUCGUGGUAUUGGCUUUCAGCCAAUCAGCAUUCAGGGUUCAAACCAGUUCAUAAAAUACAUUUUAGCCUGCUUGUACACAUAGAUUCAAAGGGUUCAAACUAAAGUCUGUGAAAAUGUCCUAGCUAAUCAGAAGGGUGUGUUUUGAGGAUAAUUGAUAUACUUUAGGAUGUGUUAUUAUGUACCACCCAUUUUCGAGUCGGUGCAGGCAAGAGAGACAGGUGUAAAUAAAAGGUUUGUUCAUAGACAAUGAAGCAAGCAGCUAGUAUGUUAUGUAGUCUUGGUGUAGUCCCUUGUUGAUACUUCUUUGUGUUUAGGGGUGUAGUUAUGGAGUUAUAUACUGUAGGCUUGUCACGAUACCAACAUUUUACAAACGAUACGAUACCAGGCCAAGUAUCAUGAUACCACAGAUACCACAGUGGAAAAAAAUCUGUGGCCUAGCAUCCUGUUCAACCCAUCCCCAGGACACUUGUUCACGCUUUCUAAACGUUCUCCAAAAACCUCACUGAAAUUCACACAUUGAAUUUAACUUCACACUGUUCAGUGUAUACUGUAAUAGAAUACUGCAUAGAUUGACUGAUUUGCACAUAUUUGGAAAGGCCUACCUGUGAUUUGGCUGGAGGAAUGGGAGGAAGGAAUAUACAUGCAUAAUGAUCUGCAUGUGAUUUUGUCAGUAAGGGGAAAAACACUGUAUGAAACCUUUAGUCUUCAGUUAACACAGACACACACACACACACACUCUGUCUCCCUCGCUCUCACACACAUACACACACUGCUCCCAACUUUUAAAACGUUAGGCACAAAACAGAAUUUAAGGAGCACCAGAAAGAAAGAUUUUUGAUAUAGUUUAGGUUUACUUUAGGCCUAUAUGAAUCCUACCUUUUGAAGCACAUCUCAUGAGUAGCAGACCCUUUUCCUUUCUUCCUGGGGCAAAUAAAAUUUGCCUGAACCUACUGUCAAGUUACCAGGUUGUUAGCUAGCUAGGUAACAUGACUGAACAACGUUGUUCGUUAUCAAACCAAUAAUUAGCGACCCUGGAUUAGUGUAAAACGGCCCGUGACAUGGUUUGUGAAAUUAUAUAAUAUGCCGAUAGAAAGAAAAAAGGUAUCUCUGGUAAUAUGGGUCAUUCUUUUAACGGUUUAGGCUAGAGACCAGUUGUUUUCUUUGAUGUAAAGCUGCAAGCAUGCCUGUCACAAAGCAGUGUUCCAUUUUCCCUCUCUGACACUCAGAGGCUGCAUGACCGUGAACUUGCUAGUCUACUUAGACUGGUCUGUGCUCUUGGUUAUAACAGGUGAUGAAAUGAUACAAUGUGUUAACUUUGCACGCUGCUCCAAUGUUACAAAUGUAACAACAGAAGACUCGUCUGGGUCUGCAUCCCCGCUUGCUAUCACUGCUAAAUUAUAUAUUUUUUAAACUGACGGCGGAAUAGACGCGCAUGAAGAGCGGACAGAGAGAAGCAGGUGAGUGAGGGCUGGUAGGGGAUGUAGCUGGCUGAUUACAGCUGCCACACAUGAUAUGCACAUGAAAGUGAAGUGGCUAUUAUUGGACCUGCACAUACAAGACUAGUGGCUGUUGCUUCAAUUCAACUGAAAUUAUAAACAGGUUCUUUAGAAAAAGUCAGUAGUAUAAUAUGAAAUGUUGCUACGAUAUUCUAAAAUGUUGGCUUCAUAAGUAUCAUGACGUUUUGGUAAUGGUAUACCAUGCAACACUAAUAUAUUGUGUGUCUGUGUGCGUGUAUGUUUUCAGAUCUUGGAGGAGGUAGAGAGGCGCAGGGAGAUCUGUCCAGCCCUAGUGUCCCCCUUCAUGCGUAGCGUCAUGGAGGCUCCUUUUCCCGCCCCUGGAUGCACCAUCACACUCAAGAGCUUCCUCCCAGGCUCAGGAAAUGAGGUGACACAAUCACACAACUAAGAGGACCUCUAGGACUCUAUGUAAAGAGUAACUACAGGGGGAGAUAGGGCAAAAGUCUGUCCUCUCCUCGACGACUCCUCUCCUCCGUCCCCCGGAAACUGAAAAGUGGUCUUAUGUAGGAGAGUGUCAAUUUAUGAAUAGGCGAACAGAGGAGUGUCUUCCUCUUCUCGAUAGCCUCCUCCCGCCAAGGAAGCACAAGUGUAUCCUCCCAGCGGCUAGCGUGUAAGUGUUUUAAAAUCCGCAACACCCCCUUUUAAUUAGCAGCUGUUUUCUCGAAGGAGAAAAGCAUGCACACAUUUAAAAAUGAUACACUACUUAUCCUUUUAUCUAUUAAAUGUCUUGCACAACUAGCUACAUUUAUUUUCCCUACUUUACACAUUUAUUUUGAGAUUCCACCCCUGUAAACAUAAUUUGCAUGAUUUGCUAGUAGAGGAGAGUCCCAUUUCAUACAAGCGCAUUUGCUUUCACGUUUCCUCUCCUCCCCUCCUCUCCUCGAUUACAUUUGACUUUUCAAAAGUAGGCAAGAAUUUGAGCAAAACAAAUUAAGAAUCUCCCAGGGAGUUAGGAGAAGUAAAAAGAGGAAGUGACACCUUUUAGUUAAGUUCCUACCUGGCUCUUUAUUGCAGACACUAUGUCAACAAUAUCUGCAAUUUCUCUGCCCAGCAAUCAACUGUUGUUGUAAGAGUUGUGUUUGGUCAAAUAACUGAGCAAUAGCCAACCUGUUUGUGUGUGUGUGUGUGUGUGUGUGUGUGUGUGUGUGUGUGUGUGUGUGUGUGUGAUCAGGUGCUGACGCUGUACCGGCCGGUAGACUCAAGGCUGGAGCACGUGGACUUUGAGAGCCUGCUGCAGUGCCUGAGUGUUGGGAGACUCCUACAGGUGUUUGCCUCUCUACUACUGGAGAGGAGGGUCAUCUUCAUUGCUGACAAACUCAGGUAAGGAGUUUCCUCUAGUACACACAGGUUCACUGUCAUCUCCAGCUCGGCUUGGGAGACAAUGGAAGGGCAGGAACAGCAUAGCACUGGUCCGGGGUGGAAUGUAUUGUGUGCUUUGCUCUUCUGUUGGUCGAUGUGAAAGUACAUAGUGUAGUCUUAGUGAACAGACCGUAUGGACUCCAUAUAUUUGACAUGCCUUGUCUGUAAAGUGGGUGCCUCUUCUCAGGAAUGUAACAUCUCUUCAUCCGUCUCUCCUCUCUUCAGCGUUCUGUCUCGUUGUGGCCAUGCCGCGCUGGCGCUGCUCUACCCGUUCACCUGGCAGCAUACAUUUGUGCCCGUGCUGCCCGCUAGCAUGCUGGACAUUAGCUGCUCUCCCACUCCCUUCCUCAUGGGGGCGCUGGCGCCCUGCCUGCCUGAGCUUCUGGAGCUGCCCAUAGAGGAGGUCAGUGACAAAGGUCACCAUCUGAUUCCCAGUGGCUAGUCACUAGAUGGCUAGGCUACAAAGGACAAUAUUUUCUAUUUCGUCAGAAUUGACGAGCAAGUAUCUGACUGAUUUAGUUCCUUGAUAAAGGGUUAGGGUUAUUUCAAAUUCUGUCGUGCACAGUUUAUCAGACUUAAAAGGUAGACUCAGCGAUAUGACGUAGAUGCAGAAAGUAAACAGCAUAGGGGGUCAAUUUCCACAACAACUAAGAGCGUUUAAGCCCGAGGUUCAACUUCUCUGCUGUUAGUGGUCCUAUGGCUACCACGCUGUAACAGCGUGACGUUAGCGAACCCUUGCACAUGCGCAGAUACUGUGGGUGACUGUGUGAGAGCAAAGUGUUGCAUCUCGCUCAUCUCAAUAUCUGCGGUGCUGCUCAUGGCAAUGUCAUUUCUCUGAGUCUACCUUUAAUAAAGUAUUUUAGUGCCACCUAAUGGUAAUUCUAUGAACGUCAUUACAGUAGGACUAACAAAAAACUGUGCAGUAUCAAUCUGCAAACAAUUACUAACAGUUAAUGGUAGAAAGUCUCUGAUGUAUAAUGUAAAGCCUAAUACAUUUGACCUGUGUUCAUUUUGUCAUUGAUAUUUUAAAGGUUCUGUCUCUGUUUUGCAUUCUAGGUGCUUAUUGUGGAUUUAUGCACGGACAAGUUUGUCAAACAGGUGUGUAUACUGGCUGUUGUAUUUAAUUGCAACUCAUGAAAGAUAGGUGUGGUUCCAAAACACAAGUGAAUAGGACAUGAGGAACACUUUGUCUGUGCAUGUCUGCGUUCCAUCCUUGACCUGGGAUUGUCUUUUGAAGUGACAAUGUUGAAUAUUAAUGCAACUUGAUGAUUUCAUACAACACAUACCAGAGCUUGACUUUAUCUUGGAUGUAAUCCAAGUUCACAUAGUGAGAGUAUUGAAUAGUAGUAGCUAUGGAAUUUUGCUUCUUUCUCACUCAGAGAUCCUAUUGGGCUGCUGAUAUUGAUGGCUAGUUUCUAUGACAACCAUUUUUAAUGCAUAGGUCAGGGAUGGGCAACUUUGAUUGGGUGGAGGCCACAAAAAAUCGGAACUCAUCAUGAGGGGCCGCAGUGGCUCGCAGGUCUGCAUACCCACAUAUGCAGUCAGAGCCGGCCCUAGCCUUUUGUGGGCCCUAAGCAACAUUUUGUUAGACUAACUUACCCAAUCUAAAAAUGUUUAGCUGACAUGGGCUAAUUGUGUUAUAGUCAGUGACUGACAUAACAAGAGAAAAACAGCUGAUGCACAACCAAAUUUAUAUUUUGCACCUUGUGUAUUCUACUAUUCUAACUCUCAACAGUAAUCCCCCACAAAAAAAAUUAUGUUUUUGCAGGCCGCCAGUUGCCCAUCCCUGGCAUAGGUGAAUAUACGGGUAGCCAGCUGCCUUGUUUCACAUCAGUAGUAGGCCAUCUCUUGCAUGAUGCGAGUUGCCCUGGGCUCUCCUGUUAACUACUCCUUGUUUCCAAGCUUGGUGAUGAGGACUGUAUCUUGCCAAGUAAGCUUCAGGCUGCACUGCUGCAGAUCCUGGAGGAGAGAGAGCAGAUACUGCGGCAAGAUGAAGGAGACUGCACAGGAGGUUUGAACAGCAAUCUAUUACUACAUAUCCAUCUUGAAAACAGCCUCGCAGCCGAAACGUUGAAAAAACAAUGACUCCUUUCAGUCCCCUUGUCUCUCUGUCCAUGUGUUGGAUAUAGGGUAAUUGUAUAGAAAGCCAAUUCUUGAAGCAUUCUUCACUCGCCUCUCCAUUUUAACACCAUCUACUUUAAGUAACUGUCCCCCUCCCUCCUAUCUGUCCUUCAGGUAGCGUAGCCUAGGGCGGCAGGUCAGUAACCAAAAGGGCUGGUUCGAAUACCUGAGCCGUCAAGAUGACGUGUUCUUGUGCAAGGCACUUAACCCUAAUUUGCUCCAGGGGCGCCGUACUACUAUGGUUGACCCAGUAAAACAUCACAGUUCACUGCACCUAUCAGGUGUAUGUGACAAUAAAACAUGUAUUCCCUGCAGGCCAGCAGUGUGGGCUGAGCUCCCUGGUGUCGGAGGCCUUUGUGCAUUUCUUUGUGGAGCUGGUGGGCCACUACUCCCUCCACAUUGGCGAGAGCAGCGCCAGCCGGACUCGGGAGCUGCAGAGGGAGAGCUUCCGCAAGUCCCACCCCUCCCGCGGGGCCCGCCAGUUCCUGCAGCUCUUCAUGGACACACAGAUGUUCGCCGGCUUCAUCCACGACAAGGAGCUGCGCAAGGGAGGGGGCAAAGGUCAGGGAGGGGCCUAUCAGUGGCCCUGUUGUUGGAAUAUUUUGAGAAUGCAUUCUUCCUUCCUCUAAGUAAUCACCUCUUAUCUGACAUGACAGUCUGGGCUGGUAAAAGCAGUUCAUAAACACCUAAAUGUAUUUCCUUGCGUGCCUUGUACUAUGCUGUUUUCUCCCCCUCCCACAGGGCUUUUUGAAUUUAGAGCUGCAGAAUAUCUGGCCUCAAACCCUGAAUCUAGCGGGUUCCUCAAGGGACUCAAAGGACUCGGUUAG